AUUUUGUUUUGAUCACCAGUGUGGUGAUCAUCGCUUGUUGAUUUUAAUUAUUGUUUUUGAAGUGAAAACGUGUGUUUUAGUUUAUUUUGUUAUUUUCUGAAAAGAUAAUUGACUAAAGAUAACAUGGCUUGUGUUGCUUACGGCUGUAAAAGCCGUAGUAAUAGGAAAUCGGAUGAAGAUAGGAAUUUGUCAUUUCACAGGUUUCCGGCUUGUGAAAAAUUAAAAGAUGUUUGGGCUAAGGCUAUACACAGGGCAAAUUGGAAGCCUUCAAAACAUUCUCGGCUUUGUUCAAAACAUUUCGAAUCAGACUGUUAUUUGGACGGGAAGAAAAGGAAAGUGCUUUGCAGAGAUGCUGUGCCAACCAUAUUCGAAAAUUACCCUACUUACUUACAGAAGGAGUCUAAAAAGAUAGCCAGAAACACAAUCAUAGAUUCUCAGAGAAAAUUUCGACAUAUUAUCAGCAAUCUUCAGCCUGGUUUAGAUGCACCAUCAACUUCAAGUAGUGCUCAUGCACCAUCCAUUGCUACUGAAUCACUUACAGAGCCACGCAUCAAUGACACUCAGAAGAAUAAACUUAUAAAGAUUAUUGUAAAACAAUCUAAAACAAGCUCAAAACGUCUGAAGAAGUUAAAAGCUUUGCAGCAAAAGUGCCGGCGAUUAAAACGCAUAAUAUUAUCACAAGAAAAUGUAAUAAACCUCCUCCACUCAAGUGACAGCCCAAGCUGAGGGUCGAGAUCCCCGUCAAGAGGGGACGCCCUUUCGCAUGUCGGUACCUACCAGGGUAAACCUUCAGUUCACACACUCACGUUAAGAUGUAGAAUCCCUUCUAGCUAACAUCGAGAGACUCCGCACCAAAAAAAAAAUGUGUGCGUGUACUAGUGUACACACGUAAGAAGUGAAACUUCUUUAUGACCUUAUUUUUUCAAAAAAUAAUUUACUUUAAAUGCAACUUUACAGAAAUA